UUCCCGCCUUCGAUCGAUUUCCACUUUUUUUUUUCGCGCUCCGACCCGCGAUCGGCCACUCCCUGUUGCGAUGCACAGCCUGGGCCAGAGGGUAUUCCUUGUUGGACUGUUUCGAACGAGGGGAGUAGCAGAAUGAGACCGAUCGAAGCGGUGCUGUUAACGACGAGCCUGAUCGCCGCGUUAGCCACGAGGCUAACGGCAGCGAUGGAAGAACCGCGGACCAGCGACGGUCGAGUCUGGUACGCGAACGUGACGGGUGACCUCGUGCUGGGAGGUCUGUUUCCGAUUCAUCGGAAGGGUAACGGCGGUGAGAGCUGCGGCGAGAUUCAGGCGGAGGACGGAAUUCAGCCGUUGGAGGCGAUGCUGUACACGGUCGGCCGGAUCAACGAGAACCCGAGGAUACUUCCGGGCGUGCGGCUCGGCGUGUUGGCUUUCGACACCUGCGACAAUCCCGGCUACGCUCUCGAACGAGCGUUCUAUUUCGUGAAGGGUUUGAUCGCGCGCGGGAAUCGGUACGGCGACGAGGGAUACCGAUGCGAGGAUCAAAGCGUGCCAAAGUUCUUGAACGGCGGAUUCGAUCGCGUGAUCGCGGUGCUCGGCGCUCAGUCCAGUUCGGUCACCAUUCAGGUCGCCUCGGUGCUCGCUCUGUUUCCGGUCCCGCAGAUCUCCUACAUGGCCACGUCGCCGUUCCUCAGUACGAAGGAGAGAUUCCCGCGCUUCUUCCGGACGGUGCCCAGCGACGUGAACCAGGCGCGCGCGAUGCUCGAGAUCCUUCGCCGAUUCGAAUGGACGUACGUGUCGGCGGUGUACACGGACUCGGAGUACGGGAACCACGGGUACGAGACGCUGGUGUCUUUGGCCGGCGAGUACUCGAUAUGCUUCAGCGCGCCGCACCGAAUCAGCGAAGACCGGUUCUCGGAGGAGGACUACGACAACGUGGUACGCACGAUCGCCGAGAAGACGGACGUUCGAGUGGUGGUGCUGUUCGCGGAGAAGUCGACCACGUUGCGGGUUCUGGAGGCGGCGAGACGCGUGAACGUUGGCUCGCGUUUCGUCUGGCUGGGCAGCGACUCGUGGCCAGAUCGACGAGACCCGUUGUACGCUCCUCUGAACGGCUUCGACGAGUACAUCACCGGGUUGACGCUCCAACACCAGCGAGUCAACCCUUGGUUCCGAGAGUUUUGGCGUGCCUAUCACGGCUGUCAGGAGGGUGAAGAUAGGGGCAAGGUCGAACCGCGGCGAAUCAGUUGCGAGGAUCCGAGGUUGAGAGUGGAGAAGAAGAACGGGUACAAGCAGCGAAGGUUCCUGCACUUUGUUCGGGACGCGGUGUACGCGGUGGCGCACGCCCUUCACAACCUGCAAACGGAUCUCUGCGGGAAAGGAGAGGUGGGCGUUUGCGAGGCGAUGCUCCGUCUUUUGAACGAGGAGGAGGCGUUCUCCCGGUAUUUGGCAGAGGUGUCCUUCAAAGACGAAGCUGGGAACGGAUUCAGGUUUGUGAACGGCGUGGACGGGCCGCCGCGGUACUCGAUCCUCAACUAUCAACGAACGGCUAACGGCUCGUACCAUUGGGUGGUGGUUGGGAGUUACACGCAGAACGAGGACGGGGAACCGGUGCUGCGGUUGACACGCGAGAACUUUUGGUUCCGCGGCUCACUGGUCAGCGAGUUCCCGAGCUCCUCGUGCUCGCGUCCUUGCGGCUCGAAUCGGAUCAUCGUUCGCAGCAAGGAGGAUCCGUGCUGCUGGAGGUGCCAGAGUUGCGGUCUCUACCGGUACAAGGUGAACGAGGAGCGGUGCGAGGAGUGCGACUGGGGCAGCAGGCCGAUCGAGAACGGGAGCAGCUGCGAGCCAAUCCCCGAGCAGUUCGUCGACUACUCGGAUCCGUGGGCCCUGCUUGCCAUCGCGGUAGCUGUUCUCGGCAUGGCGUUCACGUUGUUCGUCUGCUCGGUGUUCUGGAGGUACCGGGAGACUCCGAUGAUCAAGGCGUGCGGCCGAGAGCUCUCCUUUCUCCUGCUGUUGGGCGCGUUCGGUUGCUUCUCGAUGACGUUCGCGGUGGUCGCCAGACCGAGCGUCCAGAGCUGCGCCGUGGUACGGUUCGGAAUCGGAUUCUGCUACACGAUCUGUUACGCCGCGCUCGCUACCAAGAUCAACCGGAUCCACAGGAUAUUCAACGAUCCCGGCGGUCGGAGUCGGUACACCAGCCCGAGGUCUCAGCUGACUAUCGCGUCGAUCCUCGCUCUGGUGGAGAUCGCGUUCGACGCGAGCUGGUUGACCAAGGAGCCGGCAGCGGUCGAGCACUGGUACCCCACCAGAGACGCGAACGUUCGAGUUUGCCGGGGCUCCGAGGACGGCUCGUACCUGAUCGGCUUGGUGUAUCCGUUCCUUUUGACCGCCGCCUCCACGUUCUACGCGAUCAAGACGAGAAAAUGCCCGGAAGGGUUCAACGAGACCCGACGCAUCGCGUUCGCCAAUUACGCUACGAUAGUGCUCUGGCUGGCGUUCGUCCCGCUCUAUCUGGCCUCCACCAACAACGUCGUCAGGGUAAUCACGCUGGCGCUGUCGCUGUCGUUGAACGGGCUGGUGCAGCUGCUCUGCCUCUUCCUCCCUAAGGUGUACGUGGUGUUGGUCAAGCCGGAGAAGAACACGAGGGAGCUGGUGAUGGCCAGGCACUGCUCUCACCCCGCCGCGCCGGCCCCGACCGCGCCGGAACCCACUUCCGCCUCGCCCUCCUCGAUCGGGAAACUCUGAG